UUUUAUUAUUCAUUAUUAUUAUAAAUAUUAGUGCUUUUUACUAUUUCCAAUGAAUCUUAAAUUGUAUGAAUAUGUGAUGAUGAGAACAGAAAUUUUACUGUACAUAUAAAAAUGUACUUAUCAUUAAAUGGCGUCGCAAACCAUUUUAAGAUUGAAAGUUAUUUAAACGAGUAAAAAUAUGAGUACGCAAAAAGGAAAUUCCAAUCGAUCAAGACCACAAAAAUAUCAAAACCAAAUUGCUUUUAAAAAUGAUUUACAUGACAAAUCAAAUCAAACAAAAUGUAUUAAUAGUAUUCAAGUUGCACAUGUUUGUGAAAGAUGUAAAAAAAUAAUUGAGUGGAAAAUUAAAUAUAAAAAAUAUAAACCAUUAAAAAGAGCUGCAAAAUGUGUCAAAUGUGAACAGAAAACAAUAAAACAUGCUUAUCAUAAUAUGUGUUUAACUUGUGCUACACAAUAUAAUGUAUGUCCAAAAUGUGGUAAUGAAAAUAAUAUUGUUAAAGAAGAAUUUAAUAAAACGGAAAUUAUGAAAUUAGAUACACAAUUGCAGAACUUAUUUAAAAGACUAUCUGAACGAAAACGAAGAACAUUCAUGCGCUAUAUAAAUUCUAUAAAUAAAAAAGAUAAAUAUAACAAUAUAACAAAAAAUGGAAAAGAAGAUAUGAAUGAAGAAAAAGAGAAAAAAAAUACAAAUAAUUGUAUAUCUAAAGAAGAUUUAUUAUUAAAAUUGAAAUCCUUAAUAAUUAAAGAAGUAGAUAAUGAUGACUUUGACAUUAAUAAUCAAUUUGAUUCAGAUUCAGAAUGAUUUAUGCAAAAAAUAUUUUAUAUAAAUCAUAUUUAUAAUUAUUUUUAAUAAAUUAUUGCAUUGAU